CUUUAUCAGACUACUGCUGGAUUCGUUAUAUCGCGUGCGUGGCCUCCCAUGUCCCCAUGUCAGUCUAAUGUUAGGUUUAGAUUGGCUGCUAGUUCAGGGGAAGGCCAUCACGAUCAGUCUCCCAACCAUAGAUAUUUAGCACUUAUAAUGCGAGGAGAUUUUCCCCCGCAUCAUGGGCUCUUCGCUUCAUCCUUAAACUUCUUUACCACUUGCCACAUACUAAGGCAGCUUUCGCGUCUGCACAUAACUCGAGUCUCAGCAUGCCUCACAUGAACGGCUCUAGCAAUGGGGACGCCAUUGAUGUGGCCAAGCUUGCUAUCUCCCCAAACCUUCCCAGCCAGGUUCCUUCAUUGCUCGAUCAAAUCCAUUCCGAGGGUGCAGAGUACCUGAGCACAAACCCCGAGGCUCGACUGAAACUACUCGAAUCGGCAAGAUCACUAGUCCAUGCUCUGGAAACGCCUCGCGAGGCAAUUCUCAGACACUGUUGGUCCGAGUUCACGAGCUACGCUGCAAUAGAGACCGGCGUUGAUAUCGGUCUUUUCACUGCCAUGGGCACAAACGACAAGCCCAAGUCUGUAGCACAGCUAGCGCAGGCGACGGGUGUAGACCCGGUGUUGCUUGGCCGUCUGAUGAAACACCUCGCCGCGAUGGGCGUCAUCCUCGAGACCGGAAAAGACGAGUACAGCCCAAACGGACUAUCCAAAACCCUGACGGUGGAAAGAUACAGCGACGCAUUCCCACUCAUGUCCACCCGCUUCAACCAAGGCUUCCUCGCCCUUCCCGCCUUCCUCAAGAAACACGCCUACCGCAACCCCACCAGCUUCACCGACACGGCCUUCAACAUAGGCUACAACACGACCCUAACCUUCUUCGAGCACGUCCAACUCGAGCCGGACACCGCACGCCGUUUCAACAACCACAUGGGCGUCUACGCACAGGGCCGGCCCCGCUGGAUGGACCCCGGCUUCUACCCGGUUCAGGAGGAGCUCAUCGACCCGGUAGCCCAGACAAUCACCGACGACGAUGUACUGCUGGUAGACGUGGGCGGCAGCUUCGGCCAUGACAUCGCGGACUUCCGCCGUAAGUGGCCCCUUGCGCCUGGCCGGUUGGUGCUGCAAGAUCUGCCUGAGGUGGUGGCUUCUGUGCCGGAUUUGCAUCCUUCUAUCCAGGUGGUGGGGUAUAAUUUCUUUACGGAGCAGAAAGUUAAAGGGGCUCGCGCGUACUACCUGCACUCGAUCCUGCAUGACUGGCCCGAUGAUACCUGUCGGAGGAUCCUGGCGAAUCUCGUCGCGGCGAUGACGCCUGGGUAUAGCAAGUUGCUGGUUAAUGAGAAUGUGAUUCCGGAUACCGGGGCGUAUUGGGAGACCACGAGUUUGGAUCUCAUUAUGAUGAGUGUUGGGUCUGGGGAGCGCACGGAGGGCCAGUGGCGGGGUCUUUUGGAGUCGGCUGGGUUGAGGAUUGUGAAGAUUUGGGCUGCGCAGAGGGGUGUGGAGAGCUUGAUUGAGUGUGAGUUGGUUUGAUUAGUAUUCAAACAGAAAUGGGAAGUAGGGGUGUGGAGUUUGAGGGAGC